GGGCCGUCGAAGUGCCACAACUUUCGUUCGUGCCUCACCAACAGCAUCAUCGUGCGAGGCGUCCCCGUCCGUUCAGCCAUGGGGCCCUUCACCACCCGCGAAGGCGUCACCAUCGACGCAGUUGCGGCCACCGCCCGCCGCUAUCUCCUCAACCCCAGGGCCACCCUCCUGCUCGCCCUGGGCCUGCGCUGGGAGCCCAUCUUCUCCCGGCUCGUCGCCCUCGUCGCCGCAGCCCGGGCCAAGAAGCUGCGCGCCCGCGCCUCGCUGCUCGCGGCGGCCGCCCUCGCGCUCGCGCUCAACGACUUCCUCAACCGCAAGCUCGCCAACAACUGGGUGACGGACACGCGCUGGGACUGGGACCGCGAGAUCGUCGUCGUCACGGGCGGCAGCAGCGGCCUGGGCGCGAGCAUCACGCAGCGGCUCCUCGCGCGCAACGCCCGCACGCGCGUCGUCGUCGUCGACUUUCAGCCCCUGCGCUGGACGCCGCCGCGCGCCGGCUCGCGUCUGCGGUACUACCAGUGCGACCUGAGCGACUCGGCGGCCCUGCGGGCGACGUGCGCGCGCAUCAGGGACGAGGUCGGCCACCCGAGCGUGCUGUUCAACAACGCCGGCCUGGCGCGCGGCUACACCGUCAUGGAGGGGCGGCACGCCGACGUCGAGGUGACGAUGAAGACGAACCUCGUCGCGCCGUUCCUACUGAUCAAGGAGUUCUUGCCCGAGAUGGUCAGGCGGGACCACGGGCACAUCAUCAACACGGGCUCGAUGAGCUCGGUGGUGCCGCCGCCCAACAUUGUCGACUACGCCGCGACAAAGGCAGGACUGACGGCGCUGCACGAGGGGCUGCAACUGGAACUCAAAUACUCGCACCACGCGCCGCGGGUGCGACUCACUCUAGGCCUCUUCAGCUACAUCCAAACGCCUAUCCUUUCCGGCACGACGAACUCGUCCAACUUUUUCUUUCCGCUGCUCGACGUGGAGAGCGUGAGCGAGCGGCUGGUGGACGCCGUCUACAGCGGAUUCGGCGCCACUAUUUACAUGCCGGGGAUCAUGAGGUUCAUCACGUCGCUGGUACGUCGUCGCCCAUACCAUCACGCUUGACUGUUCGUUUUUCUUCCCAGCUUUCCGUGGGCAGAUCCAUCGGGGAGAACUUCAAGAGGCAACCAGCCAAAUUAACUUGACACAGAAGGGAGGGCCGGAAUGGCUGUUUCGGCUCGCAAGAGAGCGGUCCGUGCAUGCAGACCUCGAUUUCACGGGAAGGCAGGACGUGGACAGCAAGGGAACGCUUCGUAGGGUCCACGCGAGAUGACAUGGACUGGCGGACGCCUAUCGUGGCGGUUCCGUUCACACUACUAAUGCCUGUUUGACACACAGAAAAGCUUCGUAGGCAGAUAUCUAUCGUUCCACCAAGAUGCCAAGUGUCCCAUCGCGCGCCCGCGUGACGGCAAACACCGUAAUCUAAAGGGC